AUGGAGAUGGAGGGUAGAUGGGGUACGAGUGGUACCCAGGGGCAAAGAAUUGCCCGAUUAGUAAAGCGACAAGAGACCACGACUCAUGUUGUGGAGUCUCUGAUGGAACAAUGGCAGACCGAAUUGGGUUGCCUACGAGAAGAAGCAACUCAAUUGAGCCUGAGGAAGGAGUAGGACCGAGUAGCAAUCGAAGCACUCUCGACAAAACUCAAUGAGGAGAUACGGUCGAUCUAUGAUCAGACAAGGGCUAUGGCCACUACUUACGAAUCCUAG